AUGAAACACGAAAGUAUACCUGGGUUUUUAGGAUUUACAGAAAACUCAUAUUCAUUAAUGAUGGAAUAUGUAAUGUUUGAUUUUCAACCCUUCGGAAUUGAGAAAAGCGUCACCAAUAUUGGAGAGUUCUACCACUUCAUUGACCAUCAAUUUGAUUUCAAACCGUUCGCCGAUGUUCUUGUCGUAUGUAUUAGGGAUGUGGUAAACGCACUCGAUUACCUCCACAACCACAGUAUCGCUCAUAGAGACUUAAAACCUGAAAACGUUUUGGUCUCCAACCAGCACUAUUGCCAGAAAGACAAAGAUACCUUUGCGCACAAUCUAUGCUAUUUGCCCAAUUGUCUGCAAAGUCACAGAUUUUGGUUUCAGUAGAUCUUUAAAUACGCAAACACAAUCAAUCCUGCAAUCUCGGGCUUAAAUGGGGGCUUAAAUGUAGUUAUUCAUACCAUUUUUUACUUCAAUUUUGCAGAGAAUUCCUUAAUAUUUACCAAUUUCCACAAUUCCAGCAUUCCAGGGGUCCCUCUCUGCAAGCUGGGCCCCCCUUUUUACUAUAAUUAUACACCCCAGUAGUUAUGUAGGUUAAUUGAGGUUAAUAUUUGAGUUAUCAGGGUUGUUAAUAGUAUCAGAAUAUCGUAAACGUAUGUAGCUUUUUUAUGACAUAACACACGCCCUUCAUGGAAAUCAUAGUUGAAGGGACUAUUAAAUAAAUAUAGUUUUACCAAGCUACAUACCUACCUCGUAAAGAAAAAACUAUUCUAAAACUUUUUUUCCGCGUUUUACCCCCUUUUCCGCAUUUUACCCCCUUUUCCGCGUUUUACCCCCUUUUCCGCGUUUUACCCUCUUUUCCGCGUUUUACCCUCUUUUCCGUGUUUUACCCUCUUUUCCGUUUUCCUGGUUCCGCCAUUCCGGUUCUGCUGGUCCGUUCCGUUUCCGCGUUUUACCCCUACCCAUAUACUCCGACCAUACAUAAGUAACUUCUUUAGUAGUAUUUGCAAACAUGAAAUUAACGACUCACUGUUGGAUUAUUUAGAUAUCUUCGAGCAGUAGCAUAUCGUUUGAUUAUUUAGAUAUCUUCGAGCAGUAGCAUAUCGUUGGAUAGUCAGAUGAUAUUUGGCAUGCUGGGAUGGGAGAAUUGCAGACCACUUCCAGCAUGCCUAGUAAAUGCAUAAAAACUGACUGCACUGCUUUAUAGGGUUACAGUAGAUAUAGUACAGAUGCAAACAAGAUUGCGUGCGAGUGCUGGUGUGAGUUUCGUCACGUUGGUAGACGCGCUAUCAGCCUGUCGCGCAAAACAUGCACACGUUUCUUGCCGAGGUUUUCUAGAGGCUCAAAUUCUGGUCUAUUUCGUGUACAAAAACACGCAACUACAUGUAAUAGAUUCUCAAUGUGAACUUAACGAACGGUUGUGAGUGAAAGAAUAUAAUGAAGUACUGAAGUAGAGCCCAUCAUUAGAAGCAGCUAUAUUAAGUAAAGUUCUCAAAGUUUUAAUACCCUAUCGUAUUUUACCAUGCUAUAUAUAUAUAUGCAAUUCAAAAUUUGUUAGUUUUGGAAUGGUCCAUACUCAUGCUAUGGUAUGUCAGUAAAUGUAGAUAUUUAGUAUUAAUUUCCAUGUUAUGCUUACACUAGUUACUACAAUGUUUGCCAUAAUUAAUAUCAGCUAGAGCCUAAGCCUAUCUACAUAAUAUGCGGUCUGAAACCUACAACGUAGAUAUAGUCUCUUGUCUCAUCGAAUUUGCAUUUUAAUUUUCGGCCGCUUAUACGCUACAACUCGUCAUGUUGUAAUUAUAUUGUAUCUAUAGAUUGAAAGCGAAGUCUACAGAAAGUGGAUUCGUUUCAAUUUUCUUAAAUUUUCUCAUAGUGUUUACAUAUCGAAAGGUCGCACUGUGUCAUACUGCAUACGUCACUGACCGCGCGAUGGAAUGUCAGGAAUUUCGCCAGUAGAUAGUCGAAAAAGCGAACUUUAAUUGUAAAAUUAACAAACUUCUGGUUCGAAUUUUUCAACAAGGUUUGUAUUUUUAUGAUCGGAAAAGACCAAAUUUUCAGAAAAUGCAAAAAAACCGAUAUCGAAAUUUUCAUAUAUAUAUAUAUAUACCAAAUAUGUAUUUAGAAUCAUAUAUGAGUAGAGUGUUCGAUAUACCGAAGUAUAUAGAGCUAAUAUAGAUAAAGAUAAAAUAAACCUGGUUUACUUCAUAAGAUUUAUUCACUACAAACUUGUUUCGUAUGACAAGCAAUGCUUGCCACACUCAUCAGGUGAAUUUAAAAAUAAAUUAUAUAUAUAUAUAUAAAUAUAAAUAUAUAUAAAUAUAUAUAUAUAUAUAUAUAUAUAUAUAUAUAUAUAUAUAUAUAUAUAUAAUUUAAGAUCAAAUGUUCAACUCAGACCUCCACACCUCUUUCAUUUCUGUAUAGGAAACAGAAUUAUGGACAGUAGACGCCAUUUACACCGCGAGCGAAGAUGGAAGUUCUUGUGAAAGUGGGGUAAGCUGUCAACGAGAUAAAUAAUUGAUAUUUGAGUGUAUGAAACACAGUUAUACACAGCUAAUUCAACUAGGGAUCCAAGGAUAGUGUGAAGUUUCAAAUUGAAAAAGAUUCUGCAAGAACUAUAUAGGGUCGCUGACAACCUAGAAAAGCUGAUGUCUUACACUACGAAAUAAACAAUCACCAACGGCAUUUCAUCUCAUUAUAUAUUGCUUUUAAUGCGCUCGACACACGAGUAGUGUGACGUUUGAAACAAGCCUAACACAUCAGAAACGUGCUUUGUGAAACUGAUACAAUUUAUCUAUUUAUUGUGAUGCUACACGCGACAAUUCGAAAUUUCAAUUGCAGCUGUCGCUAAAAGCAUCCGCACAAGGCUACUGCAACUUAUAAUUGAAAUAGAUGUAUACGAUAGGUUAUAAAUAAUAAGCACUACGUCUUUACAUCAUUGAAAGGAAGCAUUUUAUCUUCAUCCGUUCCGUAUUUUUUUCGCAUUUCGGUCCUGUGGUCCGCUCCAUCUGCUUCCGCAUUUUAACCUAAUUGUGACUUGUUUUACAAUAACAAGUCCGCAUUGACCUUUGACUUUUCCCAGUGCACGUUGUGUCUAUUUUGAACUUUUCGCAUGUUUUGAAUAAUGUCACUUUAGAUUUCAAUAGUUUCACAGUUAUAGCAGUGUUUAAAGCAGUUUUGACAAGCUUUGAUACAGUUCUGCGCACAGAAUACUACAGAUUAAUUCUCGUAAGAUCUGGUAGAGUUAACGUUGCACUGAACACAAAUUUGCACCAUUGACAACGGCGUUGUGCUAGACAGUAAACAAGGUCCGCGACAGUACACGUUUGCUACAUGUACCUCCUUGCUUUUUUCUUCCAUUGCAUAAAGCUUGUUGGUGAGCCAAGCGAUUGGCGAUAACACGUUGGCGAUAACAUAUUGGCUAUCUCCUCGUCUUUCUUAUUAAAAUAAGGAGCUCUGACUCAACUGAUUUCCUUCGUCUCGCAAUAUUUUCUUCGUAAACGCCUAUACGAACGCCCGCUUCUGUUUUAAUAGUUGUUGAUGCUUUAUUGAUCUGAUGCAAUUUUUCGCUCUUUGCCUGAGUGUACUAUUCUGCGGUGUGGCACCUUAUACAGUAAUAACAAUGUAUAAUGAAUACACAGUCUAAAUAAUAUCGUCUAUCGAUGGGUACUUAAUUGAACGCCGGUAACCAUACUCGUCAAUUUAUAUAUCAUAUUAUUGCGUAGAAUCUCAAAGAUUUUCUCAAUAUUCAUGUCUGAAAUGUUUAUAUAUUUGAAAAACAACACUGUCUCGCUUCUUCGUACAUACUGUACCCCUGUAUAAUGAGUAUACCGCGAAAAUAAUAUCAGCACUCAAUUGAAUGCCUAGAAUCUCAAAGAUUUUCGGCUCAAUAUUUACGUCCGAAAUGUUUAUACACUUGAGUCUUAAAUCCACUGUCUAGGCGAUCUAGCUCCUUCCUAGCUCUGUAUAAUGAAUAUACCGCCUAAAUAUUAUCGAUACUUAUUAAUUGAACGGCCGUAAUGCAUAAGAUCAAUUUAUAUAUUGCGUAGAUUUUCAAAGAUUUACUCAAUAUUCACGUCUGAAAUGUUUAUACAUCUGAAAACAACACUGUCACUCCUUCCUAGCAUAUCGCAAUCUCGAUGGCUCUGGGUACGAGAUUGAGCAUAUCGUCACGCCAUCGUGAUCUACGGCUUGAUAGCGCAUGCGCAUUUGCGCUACUAAAGAAAAAUCGGGUGUUCCGGGGUAAAGAUCCUUUACACAACAUGAGAAGCGAAUGUUCUAAAAUUUACAAAGAAUUACAAUAACGAAAGCGAUUGCUCGAUUUUUUUGUGAACUUGGUAAAAGGAUAACAGAAUAUGUAAAUAGGUUAACUGAAAUUGCCUAAAUAACCUUCAAAGUACUGACUAAGCACAAUGAAUCACUACGAACAUAAAUCGUACACGCCCCCCGGAAAGUUUACUGUAUGACUGAAUGAAUGACUGACUGUUUCGUUUGAAUUUUCCCCACCAUCACAAUACUGUGAAGUUUCGAAGAAACUUCACACUAAAAAUGGUUGUCCAUUGUGCAAACCUUACUCUAAACCCUAAACUCUAAGCGAGCAAAGCUUAAGGUCCAGACACACCGGACGCGAUUCAACAACGCGACCCAAUUUUUCGAUUUUCACUGACCGAUAACUUUAAUCCUAGUUUGAAUUCUGCAAAUAUUUAGAAGCGCUAUAACAUUUUGAGUUAUUUGGUCUACAUUUCUUUCAAAAUUUGCUUUCAUUGGCUGUUUAUUAAUUUUCCAAAACUAAAAAAUCGCGUCGCGUUGUCGAAUCGUGUCCGGUGUGUCUGGACCUUUAUUUAAUGGGAAGCGCAAGCUUCAAGCUUAAUAGUUGUACAGUAUAUUGCAGCUACUUGUGAAUGAAUUGUUCUCGUAAGGAAAUAUUUACCAUGUUUUUAACAAAUGGGUCCCAUAUAUGAUUUCUAUAGUGAUUGAAUGGUGUUCCCAUUAAGUUUUACUUGCUUAGAGUUUAAGGUUUAAAGUCUGCAAAGAACAACUUUUUGAAUUUAUAGCUGUACAUACACAAUAAAUAUAUAGAUUAUGCAUAAUGAAUAAGUAAUGUAUAAAGUUGUGAUAGUAAUGUAUAAGUUUCGUACCCGAUGCUUCAGCUCAGUCCACUGCAUCGAUGAUUUCCAAAUCAUGAUUUAAAUAGUCUCUUUAAUUAAUUGCAAUAUUCAAUUUACAUCAAGGAUGAGGAGUAUGUCAUGAUGCCUAGAGGAAAACCAAAGAAAAAAGCUAAAGGUGAAGCUCUAGUCCUAGAAUAUAUAAAGCAAGUUCGAAUCUUUCAAAGUUGUUUAUAAUAUAAGUGUGAUAUAACAGACAAUUUGAUUGACUAAUGCGCAUGCAUUGUGAUGCAAUAAUCAAUAAUGCACUGUGAUCUGUGGCACUGCUUUCUCUUUCUCUGUUUUUUCCCCUCUUGACCACAGCUUUUUAGCCAAAAAUAUAAACAAAAUUAUAAAGCUUUUAAAAUACAAAGUUUACCAGAAAGCAAGAAGGAAUAGACCAAAAGAACAAAGCAAUUUUCUAUAUAGUUAUACUUAUAAAAUUAACCGGUUUGGCGUUCGUCGAAUUUGGUGUUGUCUCGACAAGUUUUGGGUGAACGCGUACAAAAUAGUCGAGAAAGAAAAAGAUACAGCUGGAAGACGAAAUGCAUACAAAAACGGAACAAAAACUGAAUAUAAGUGAUUUAGUAAGUACCUUCAAUUUUUCUGAUAAUAACUGCUACAUAUAUUUUCGGCGAAAGACAAAAAGACCAAUAAUUUCGAAAAUUAAAACUGAUUAUAAACACGACAAAAUCUACGAUUGGCAAAUCCAGCAGCCCAGAUGCUGAAAAACUUCGGCAAAUUAGUCUGUGUGUUACUGCUUUUUUAUUUUCACUAUUUAAAACAAUUUUUCCGGCUUUAUAGCAUCAAAAAUUUGUAUAUUGUUUUGGCAAUUCCACUCCUUCGCUCGCUUAAAAGUUAAAAAUUCAAGCAACAGUAAAAGCACGCGCGUGACGUCACUGAGUACAUGUUAGGAGAAUUUCAAUGUCGAUCAUUUGAGUAAAAUUGUUUACUAUGUAAUAUAUUAUAUUAUAUUAUAUUAUAUCAUGUCAUGUCAUUGCAUUGGGCAUUAAUAUUUAUCCUAAUAUCAUAUAUAUAUCAUUAUGGCGUCAUAUUUCCGCCAAAAUUAAAGAUCGUAUUUGCAACAUUAUAGUUCGUAUUCGCAACAUUAUAGUUUGUAUUCGCAACAUUAUAGUUCGUAUUCGCAACAUUAUAGUUCGUAUGCGCAACAUUAUAGCUCGUAUUCCCAACAUUAUAGCUCGUAUUCCCAACAUUAUAGUUCGUAUUUGCAACAUUAUAGUUCGUAUUUGCAACAUUAUAGUUCGUAUUCGCAACAUUAUAGUUCGUAUUCCCAACAUUAUAGUUCGUAUUCCCAACAUUAUAGUUCGUAUUCGUCACUCUCACGUGAUAUGCUCUCAACCAAUAAAACACUAGAAAAAUGCGACUUUGACUAUUGAUAUAUAAUAAUAGAUAUUAUCUAUAAAGAUACUAUCUAUAAAGAAACCUUACAUUAAUAUACCUCUAACACUCUUUUUUAUUAAUAUAGUUGUGAAGAAUAAAUGUGGUUCUAACGAACCUAAAAAGAAAGAUACAAAAAGAAAGCAGACGCAAGGUAUACUAAACUAGGAGUAACCACCACAGGUUAAAAGUGUGACCAAUGUAAAUUGCGCAACACUCCAUAACGAUAUAAAUUCUCCUUUUCUUGAUAAUGUCAAAACACGUAUAAUAAUACUUUUUACAAUGCGUUGAUAAUUUGAUAUUAGGGGCCGACCACUGAACUUUUGAGGGGAGGGGGGAGGGAGGCUCGCACCUUCGGUGGUCGACUCAGUUGUCUCAGAAUACUAGUUAUGGCGUGAUCGCUGCCCUAUGACGUAUACUUAUCAGUUAAACCAUGCAUAUAAUAUAUGCUGGUAUUAUAUGCUGGUAGCUGCAGUGAUACAGACUUGUCGACUGGAACUUCUCCAGGUCACCAUAUAUAUGUCCCUUCCAAUUACACAUUCUUAAAAGUGGCCCUGACCCAUAUGUUAUACCUCAUAGCAAUAUGUAUUAUUAAAAGCAAUGCAUGAAGCUAGAAAACUCAGCGUUAAUUAUUAUUCAAGAAUCUACAUGAGCUAAUUAAAAUGCUGCGAAAAACAGUGGGGGAAAAAUCGUACAUAGGGAAAAAAAUCUUGCAUAUAACGAUCUCAGAAAAACAAUUCCUUGCCAUCAGUAAAUCACCCUCCCCCCCCCCACACCCUCCCUCAAAAGUUAAAUGGUCGGCCCCUUAACAUGAAAUUGACAAGUAACACAAGGACACACAAGUAACAAUACAAUUCUAUUAUACAGGGUGUAUAAAAAAAAACGCAACCUCGGAAUUUCCUAAGAAAUCACUUUGCAAUUCUUAAGCAUAAAAUAUUGUAGACCCCUGGGAAUUGAAAUCGAAUUGCUAAUAGAUCAUAUUACUGUUGUUGUCAUUAAAUAAAUGCACAAAUUUUGCUUUAUGCACUCGUGUCUGCACUAAUAUGUUGACAGUUGUGGUAUUUUAAAUUCCCAGGCACCUAAAAUCUUUUGUCCUUAAAACAAUGUCGAUUUCUUGGGAAAUUCCGAGGUUGCGGUUUUUUUAUACACCCUGUAUAUGUUAUAUCAGCUUUAUUUCGGUGCAAAAAAUAUCAUUUUGAAUAUCAACAAGCUCAGACUAAAAUAACAAAUAACAACUAAAAUCUAAAUAGUGCAACUAUACUCUAUGACUAUAACUCAGCAAACGGUUAUAGACAACAAAUAACUCAAUGUACUUAUUAAUAAGUGCUAAUCGAACUGCUAAACAAAAUUUUUCAAAACCUAGACAACAAUUUUCAGGAAAUCACAAUUUAUUUUGGUUUAUUCGAGGGUUUUUACUUUCUUGCACACGAAGUUAAUACAUAACUAUCGAACUCCUAUAGUACAAGUUUUCAAGACUACACUAGCUAGACAACAAUACGUUUCGUGCACGAACAAAUAUAUAUAUUUAUAUUGCAGAUUUUUAAAAUAUAAAAAAAAACUAUCAGGUAUACCUGAAAGUUUAAAAGCCACUUUUUCCUCUUUAAUUACAAAACUGAACAAAGAAUGCAAAGAAUGCACAAAACAGCACAAUGAACACAAACUACGAAGGCAAAUAAUGUGGCACGCCAUAUAUGGUCACGAGUUCCAUAUACGGAUAAAAUGAGCCCGCAAAGGGUGUUGAAAACACAUUCCAGCGGAAAAAGGUGCUGAACACAAUUUUUUGCUAAAGUUUCACAAUUCAGCGAAAAUCUCCCAUAUCUGAGAUUAGGAUGCUCCCAGCUCGCUCGCUGGUCACAAAAAGCCUUUGACCUUUGUUCCUCAUAGAUUUAUUUUAACUGAAUUAAACCACGAUUUAUUCACUGCAAAAAUUGUUAAAACAUCCAAACAAUAAAUAGACUUUCGUUCUUGUUCUAUGAUUUUAUUUGCAUUUAUGCGCGGUCAGGGUUGGUGAAUAUAUUAUAUGAAUAGACGAACACCGACAACAAUGUUAGGGCUCAAUCUCCAAACAGUGUUUCUUGCGCACGGUAGCAUACCUUUUAAGUUGAACAUAAAUCCCAUUUCCUGACCAUCUUAUCGUUAUCACACUCUGAAUACAAUUUGAAAUAUCUGCAAAGAUCAUUUAAUUUGAUUAUAUGAAUGAGUGUAUUAAGUACAGUAAUCCCAACCAUGUCCAUAAUUUCAUGAAUAAAAACAAAUAACUUACACCGUAUCUCCGUACGAUGCUUCUUUCUUUUAGCUUUUAGGGAAUUGACGUAAUUUGAAUUUUUUCUCUUUUUCCCCUUCAGUUACAGUUGACCACUCCAGUGGACGAAAAAAACAGGCAUGCUGUUACUGUGGGGAGAUGACUCCAAAGUUGCCACGCCACAUGUCUCGCAAACAUUCACAGAAAGCGGACGUCACAGCUGCGCUUAAAUUUCCAGCUGGAUCGGCCGAGAGAAAAAAGGCGUGGCAUAAAUUGAGAUCAAGGGGGAAUUAUCACCAUAAUAUGACCGUGAUGGAUGUUGGCGAAGGGAGUCUUGUUGUGGCAAGAAAACCAAACCAGUCCGGUCGUGCCAUCGCUGCUGAUGACUUCCUGCCAUGCCGUUUUUGCCGUGGUUUUUACCGGCGAGAAGAACUCUGGAAACACACAGCUACCUGUACAGAGAACCCGCAUGAUAGCCAGUCCACGACAAAAUCUGUCCAGAGGAACUCAAAGCUAAUGCUCUUGGGUGCUUUGAAAAGCAGCAAUACAUCCACCAUGCUGAAUCAUGUAUUGGCGACGUUAAGGAAUGAUGCUAUUGGAAUUAUAGCCAGAAACGACCACCUCAUUCUGGGAGUCGGAAAGUUCCUCGUGGAAAAGCAUGGCAUCACGAAUGCUAAGGAUUCAUCCCAGACCAUGCGAGAACUAUCACGCUUAGUUCUUCAAUUGCGAAAGGAGAAUCCUGAUGCUGAGCUUUCUGACUUUAUAACUCCAAAAAAGUUCGAUACAGUUGUGGAAGCCGUGAAAGAGCUGUGUGCCUUUGAAACAAAAGAAGGACAACAAAGUGUAGGCACACCAUCCCUGGCAUUAAAGAUUGGCUAUGCGCUGAAAAAGUGUGUGGAAGUCGUUGUUGGAAAGGCAAUAAGGGAAGAGAAUGAGGUAAAAGAAAAGGCGGCCAAUAAGUUCCAUCAACUGUUACUGAAUGAAUGGGCGACACAAAUCUCACAUCAUUCUAUGAAUACAUUAAACAGAAGAAAAUUCAAUAAAGUCAAUGUAUUGCCUCUUGCCGAAGACCUGGCAAAACUAAGAGCGUACAUUGACCUUAAACAGUCAGAUUCCUUUCGAUCGUUGGAGAAGUAUGGGAGAUUGGCAGACUGGAAGUUAUUGGAACAGACGACAUUAACGAGGAUGUUUAUUUUUAACAAGAGGAGAGGAGGGGAAGUAUCGAGACUUCCCCUACAAGAUUACCAAACCAGACCAAUCUGGGAUAGCGUGAAUAGUGCGGAAAUCGCCAAGUCGUUGGAUAAGUUGAGCAUGCACUUUCAAAGAAGUAAGUACCACAUAUACUAUUGCCAUACAGCAUAGUAGUAUUGCAAAUGUUUCCCCAAACAGAAUGUAAUAACCAGUCAUUUUCAGAACUUCCUGACAAGUUUUUUCCCCUUUUUUCCUGCUUCGUUUUCUACCUCGUAGUCUGAUCAUGCUUUUCAGAAACCUGUACUUUAUGAACCUUAUUUUAAUGACUAUAUAUAAUACACAUUGAGUACUGAGUUUGUUCUAGCGCAAGUACGCGACAACAACCAUUGGCGUACCAGUCAGGUACGACUGAAAAUUGUGAAUUAUCGCACCCUGCACUUCGUUUGAUUUUCAGGUAAAACUAUUCAAAUAAAUCUAAUUAUCAAACAAAACAAUAGGUACUCCAUAAAAACAAGAAAAUAAGCGUGCAGUUUACCCGAAAGUUUAUCGAUUUUAUAAGAGAUAUUUUGAUAUAAUAGUGUUUUGUUUUAUGGCUUUGUGAACUACAGUACGUAUCGUGGAGGACUUAAAAGCGGCAAUGUUGUAGGCCUACACUUAAAAUUAGUUGCGCAAUGUACAAUCUAUCGUGUUGCGUAUCCUUGUAUUCCAAUAUGUAUUAAUUUAAUCCCGUAUGUUUCUAGGCUUGAUAUGGUUGAAAUUAGAGGGAAAAGGGGGAGGAAAGUGCCAAUCCUCACCAAGGACAUGACAGAAAGCCUCAAUCUGUUGAUCCGCACCAGGAAUCGUGUUGGUGUAGCGCCAGACAACCGAUACGUCUUCGCAAGACCAACGAAGCAGUCCCUAGGCCACAUCAGGGCAUGUGAUUGUUUAAGAAAGUUUAUCAAGGAGUGCCAGCCACCACUCUCCCAACCUGAUAACAUAACGGGCACUAAAUUGAGAAAAUACAUUGCAACAAUGUCUCAAGUGCUCGCACUCAAUGAGACGGAAGUGGAUUGGCUGGCACGACAUCUCGGCCAUGAUGUGAGCAUUCAUCGGGAGUAUUACCGCCUUCACAAAUCCACGAUCGAACUUGCUAAGGUUAGCAAACUCCUGAUAGCAGUGGACUCUGGAGAUACGAUGAAAUGGGUCGGGAAAAGUCUGUCGGAGAUCAUUUAG